AUGCCAGCACUCGUAGCAUACGGACGUAAAUGGAACAUCGCCAGUGAUGAUUUCGUCUUUCCUGAAAUAACUGAAGCACUCGCGCGAUUGUUAUGGAUGGUGAUUGCCUCGGUAGUUUCCAUACUUCAUUUCCCAUUGGAAUGUUCUGGGAAAAAUAUAACGUUUUUUCUUCUAAUAUUGUUUAUUAUAAAUGCGGUUACUGUCAUUUUAGCGUUUCUAACUGCUGGGAUUUCAUCCAGAGGAUCGAUUAUGGCCCAACAUCCGAGGCGGCAUGUUGCUUCCCUGUUGUACAUAAGGCUACCCGUUUUUGUUGUUGAAGUUAUUCUGACUGUUGCGUUCACCAUUAGCGUUUUUCGUGAGUUUUUGUACAUUUCACUGGUGAUUAGUUUGGAGUGGGUACUGAUUGCGAGUGUCCUCUUUGGAGUGUUCAUCGUAUUUAACCCUAACAAUGAAGAUGAUAUUGAGGACAGUACGACCAUUGCACGAAAGACGUGGUCAAGAAGGUUCAAGAUUUUCACGAUCUGUCGAAAAGCGCCGAUGCGUGACGCCAUCGAAGACUUUGCAAAUCUCAUGAGCUCCUUUUUCGCUGACAUCGACCUUGUAUUCAGUGAUGUGGUAGCUGGAUUAUUCCUCGUAGCACAUUCACCAACCAACGUUUAUCCGCCAAUUAUACCAUCCUGGAUGACAGUCGAAAAUGCGUUCCAUUUUCAAUAUUUUUCAUCAUGUGUUUAUGGGUGGCCAGCGUAUUUAUUGCACAACUGUGGCUUCAAAUCUAUUUACCGUCUGGUACGAAAGUUGCAGUGCUGCGGAAAGCUUCGUUGCGACCAGGUUGGUGUUCUCUACAGGAAUGUGUCGCUAGAGGAAAAUGGUAUUAUGAUUGUCGAAGACAAUUGCUGUUUUUGCAAUGUAGCAGCCUUUACACUGUCUACCGAGAAGAAAAAUAUCGACAUUUUCUUCGUAUCGUUCCAUAAUGAGCUGUAUGAGGUGCCUUUUGUAGUGUUUGCUGACCAUGAGACUCGCAGCAUUGUCAUAACUAUUCGUGGAUCUUGCUCACUGGUGGAUCUUGUCACUGAUCUUUGCCUAGAUGACGAAGUGUUGUCUGUAGACGUGGACUCGGACGCUUUAUUGCGAGAAGACAGAGAUUUGAGCGCGGAAGGAGACGUUAGAGUGCACAGAGGCAUGUUAAUGAGUGCUCGCUACGUUUUUGAUACAUUAAGGAAGCAUCAGGUUCUCAAUGAUCUUACCGUUUUGAAUCCACACUAUCAUUUGGUUGUUUGUGGACACUCAUUGGGUGCCGGUGUUGCAUCGCUGUUAACGCUACUACUUAAGCAAGAGUAUCCUGAUGUGCGAUGUUUCGCCUUUGCUCCACCUGGUUGUGUUAUUAGCGAAAACGGCCAACAUGAAAUGGAACAACACGUGAUGAGCAUUGUGAGCGGUGAUGAUGUGGUAUCACGAAUCUCAUUUCAUGCCAUGCAUCGAUUGCGUAUGAAGGUUAUAGCCGAAUUGAAUGCAUCUACCAAGGCGAAGUAUGAGAUCUUGAUCCGUGGAAUUUUUCGACUCUUUUUUAAUCCUGCAUGGGAAACCGGUCCAUUAUCCGGAACUGGUAAGGGAUUUACUUGGUGUUCAACGGUCACAUUAGCGAACAUUUGCAUGAUCUUUGAAUCUGCGCUGUCGUUUUUCUUAUCAAGGUUUCGUCUUAUCACCUGGCUACCACAUAUCUGUUUAUUUUCCAGAAUAUGA